AUGGCAGACCCGCCUACCCCUCCCCACACCCCCGCCAGCUCGUCCAAAGGCACGCCGAAUGUCAUCCAGGGGGAUGUGAAUUACACUGGUCUCCAGAAUGAUGGAGGAGUAAUCACUGGAAAUGUCGCUGGAUUCAACACUAUAGUCGGGACUCUGAAUUUGACCGUUGAUUCUGCCGCUGAUCUAACGAAUAACAUUCAAAGUUUCACUGCUCGUGUUGCGACGGCUGCUGAGAGAUUGAGAGACGCUGAGACCAGGAUUCGCGCAACGUCUCAACUUUUGAGUAGUAUUCGCGAUUUAGUGAUUGCGCGAGCAGCAAAGGAAGGUAUCAAUAUCGGCAGAGAUUUCAAACUUCAGGAUGGUGAACAGACUGAAACUGGAAGCGUAAAUUCACCUAACGAUGGAGGAAAUGCAACCGGCGAGGGUGAAAGAGGGGGCGUCGAUCCUAGUCAACCUAGAGGGACCGGUGGAACAGUUCCAGGACCGACCAUCUUGGAGAAGCCCUGUUUUCGCGACUUGGUAAAUGCGAGUCAAAGCGCUGCAGAUCGAUUUGAGCGCAUCAACAUCAAAAUUCACGAGGCAUUCAGCAGUAUCGAGCCUAUGCAACGAGGACGGCCCAAGGUUGAGCUCAGCGAGGACGACCGGAUGAAGUUCUUUUUGACGGAGAGGGAUAUCGAUGACAUGGAGAGGCAUAUUGAAUCUCACAAAUUAGAGGUUCACAUCGCGUUGACUGCGUUUGAAGCGACGAUGGGCGACAAGCGUUCCGAGGCUAUCCAAUUAGUGAUUCUGGAGAUGUUCAAAGAGAUCCAAAGAAUUGGAGAGUACUUCUUCAAUCGCAAUCGUACAUCUCCACAACCACCUCAAGAUCCACAUCGUUCAAACCCGAUUUUCGACCCAUACUCCUGGCAAAGGACGUAUCAUCAUGCACGACCUUUCAUCUUUCCCGACCUUUCCAGAUUAACUUCCCUAUACUUGGGCUGGACAUUUACCAAAGGACGGCCACCGUAUGUACAAAUAAAUACCAGCACCACGCAGUCCUCGUGGCGAUGGGCUAUCUGCAGUCAAAUGGCCCUCUCAACUGAAGAGCUCUUCCUCAAAGUUCUUGCCCAGACUACCAAGCGCUCAAAGCUUCGUCGUACCAUCCAGGAUGAUUGCAAAGACCUGUUGAAGACGAGUACCCAGAGGAUGCUUGUGGACAAUUUGCUGCGUGAACAAAAUGAGAACUUGUCGAUACACUAUCCGUUUUUGGCGUUGAAGUUGGCAGGUUUGUCAUGUAAAACGCGGAGAAUUGGCUUUUUCACUCACGAGACGAAGAGUAUCAAUGUCAUUUUGAAAACAGAAUGGGAUCCUGAUCAUCCGCGACAUGGUCCCAUACCACCAGGGGGUGGUGGUGGACCACCGCCACCACCUCCUGGGUUUGGUGGUCCUCCUUACGGCCCUGGCAGGCGUCUUGGAGGAGGAGGUGGUGGUAACGGCCCUGGGUAUCCCCCAGGUGGAGGCCAUUCGGACACAAUUCAUCCCCAUGGCCCAGGCCAUACCAGCCAAGGUCCACAACACACUCCUCAACAUACUCCUGGUCAAGCCAAGCCAUUUUCCAAGAGCCACUCACAACCAGAAGUCCAUCAUUCUCAUCCACACGUUACUCCAACAAUCUCCGACCCAGAAAUCGUCUCGCGCGAGCCGCGAAUGUACAUUGUCAGAAAGAAAGACAAGAGUAAAACCACAGAACCAGACAACGAGAGCACUCGCCGUGUCUUCGUCCGAGAUAGACAUGGACAUCGGAAGAUUGAAAUCGAAAAUCGCCGUCCGACAAGCUCUCAUACUGAUUAUAUCGAUGGACCUUCGACAUCAGCUCGACCAGAUCAUGCUCCUCCUCCUCCACCCCCGCCUGGUCCAUAUAACCACUUCUACAAAUCCCACGCGCAGGAGCAAUACAUACCAGCGCAUUCUCGUACUCGCGUACCUGUACCUCCACCUCCACCUCCACCUCGCCCUUUCUUCGAAACGGUAUACUCCUCCGACACCGAGCCUCGAGAAUUCUUCCAAAGGCCCUCCAGACCUGCCCCCGAAAGCAUGCAUCCUCCGACCCAAGAAAUGACACACGAACAAGAAAAGAAAGUCAUCGACGAAAUCUUCGCCGAAUGGGAAGACGGCGUGCACGGCACACCAACGAGUCCAAGUAACACUAACGCCACCCGCAAGGAAAAAGAGAAAAUGGAGCGAGAAGAUCGCGCUAAUAAGAACCGCACUUCCUCAGCGCAUGUACCACGCAUCGGACCGACCCGCCGGAUGAUGCUGGAAGUUGAGCAUGAAGCUCAGACGCAGGAGAAGAUUGAGAAGAUGAUCCGUGAGACGCAUGUACUUGAGGAACCUGACUAUCAACGCUCGCACUCGUUUGAAAAGGAGCGGCGGUAUAGGUCCGGGGUGGACGUUUCUACAGAUAGCGACGUGGACAGUGAAAAAGAUAAGAGGUAUUCUGAGACGGAGAGGUAUUACCAGAAUCCACCUGGUCAUCCUGAGGUGAUUAUACCCGGACCUUCGAGGCGUCACGAAUCAUCAGCGCCGGAGAUACAUGUCAGAGAGAGGCAGUAUGUUCGUGUGGACGGGGCUGAUCCCUCGGGCCGUCUGAGAGACGGAAUGAGUACUUUGGAAUCCCCAUUGUAG